UGCAGACCCAGCUGAAGUUGACCACGGACGAAAACCUGCAUCUUAAGAACACAGUUCACAGGUUAGAAGAGGAGAACGCUCGACUCCAGGCCCAGACAGCAUUCAACCCGCCGAAGAGCGGUACUGCGCCACCGGGAUCAGACCAUGAUCAGGAAUCGAAUUGUGUCGAGGGCACUGAGGCUGGCGACAGUCACGAUGAAGAUAUUUCCCGCUUGACCAAUGCGAUAUUUGGAGACCCAACAUCGUUUCAUUUCGUCAUGGAGGAAGACCUUGCGGUCUUAAAGAACCACGAGCGGUGUCAGCACAAACUCCACGAGCUGUGGGAUACCGUUCGGACGCUCAAGACCUACGUGGAAACGUACGAGCUCGAACGGAACGUCAUGCGAGCUCAGCGAGACGAAGCCAUCGCCGAAGCGGACCGCGCCGACGCCGAAAACGUGAAGCUAGCCAGCAGCAGCAAUCCCCAGCAGAAAAUCAAGUACCUCCAGCAGGUGAAGAAGGACAACCAGGAGCUGUGUCGGAAGAAUCGCGCGUUGAACAUGAGGCUCGCCCGGCAGGCAGCUAAGGUCAUCCGCGAGAGGAACGGCUGCUCCGAGCUGGAGGUCGGCGACGCGUCAAUUGACACAUUGGCGUCUGCGACGCUUGACGAUACGAUGGAGGACAGCGUUGAUCACUCCGCCGAGCGCAGCGGCGAGGAAAUCCUGCGCAGCAUGCGGGACCGCAGCGGGGUGCUGGAGCAGCGACUCGAGCGGCUGCGCCUGGCGAGGCAGCAAGUCGACGGCUGCAGCGAGGAGGCUCCUCCUCCUCAGGAGGCGUCGGGGUCCGAGUCGGAGACCCAGACGCGCUCUAUCGAGGUCCCGCUGGCCGGGACAAGCCCCCGGUCAGUGACGUCCCCAUCGAUGUCAUCGAACAGCGGCCUGCGGUCACCGCAGGUCCGCAGGCAGGAUCUGCGCAUCAAGUGA